CCAGCUCUCCUCCCAGUUUUGCUCCGGGCUCAGGUCGAACCGCUGCAGACGCUCCAGCUGUCAGUCGGACUCGUUUGCGUUAUUUGUGGAUGUUUUCACCGCCAGCACAGCGAAAUCUGUCGGUUUCUCCGAGAAGCCCGUAAAGUGGCCCGUGGGGGGUCAUGCGUGGACGCUCCCCGUGGAUGAGAGGGAACAGCGGCGCAGGCGCGCGCACUUUGCUCGGACUUUUCCUCCUCGUCGGUCGUCGUUCAGCCUCCUCCCGACUGAUGCUCGCGGGGAAGUGAGAUGCAAAGUGGAGCGAAGGCGCAGUAGGUGAAGUGCGGCUCCGGCGCUCAGCUCGGCUCAGUGCGGUGGUUUGGUAAGACGUGAAAGAGCCAGACAUGAAAUCCAGGAGUCAGGAUCAGAGUCUGUCUGACUCCAGAGAGCUGGACAGAUCCUACGACCCGCUCACAGGCAAUCCGCCGUCCAAACCCAGCAAGAAGACCUUGAAGCAGCGCUUCCUCAAGCUCCUGCCCUGCUGCCGCUCCGGCUCCAGCUCAUCCCCCAAUAAAGGAAGCGUGGCGGAGGACGGCGAGGUGUCCACGGUGUGCUGCAGGCCGGAGCGGCUGGACCGCCUGGUGCAGAAGACCAGCUUCAACAGGAAGGAGCUGCAGGUCCUCUACCGGGGAUUCAAAAACGAGUGUCCCAGCGGCGUGGUGAACGAAGAGACCUUUAAAAGCAUCUACUCCCAGUUCUUCCCUCAGGGAGGUCUGUUCUCAAACCACUCUUUAAUGUAUUGUCCAAACACAUUGAAGCCCUUUUACGCCACAGUGAGCUCAGACUGUAGCAUAUUUGAAGGCACGCGUGUUCUUCUCUGUGCAGAUUCCAGCAUGUACGCACACUUCCUGUUCGACGCCUUCGACACCCACAACAACGGAUCCGUGAGCUUCGAGGACUUCGUCCUCAGCCUGUCCAUCAUCCUGAGAGGCUCCAUCACUGACAAACUCAACUGGGCCUUCAACCUGUACGAUCUCAACAAGGACGGCUGCAUCACCAGAGAGGAGAUGACGGACAUAAUGCACUCCAUCUAUGACAUGAUGGGGAAGUACACCCACCCCUGCAUGAAGGACAGCGCUGCCAGGGAUCACGUUGACGUCUUCUUCCAGAAAAUGGACAAGAACCACGACGGGGUGGUCACCAUGGAGGAGUUCCUGGAGACGUGCCAAAAGGAUGAGAACAUCAUGCAGUCCAUGCACAUGUUCGAUCACGUGAUCUGAAGCAAAGGCGGCGCGAGGACGGAGCUGAGCCUCGGUCCCCCGGCCUCUCGGCGGGAGGGGGGGCGCCUGUGGACCUGAACCCAGACUAUGCACCCUGAAGCCACCUCUCCUUCAAGUCUGUCGUGAAUGGAAGGAAUCUUCAUUUACAAAGACUUGGCACUUGGGAUUUUUUAUAUAGUACGUGUACAGGAACAUGAAAAAAGGGGAUUUUUGUGUUAACAUAACAAAGACAGACAACAACUGCAGGUCCUUCACUGUUAGACAUGUUAUUUACUUCACUCUAUAACACAUGAGAGAGAAUCCGUCUGAAUGUGAAGACACGGUGGACAAGUGGAAACGCUCAGUAUCACGCAAUCAAGCAAUAAUCUUAGAGUAAUAUCUAGUCCUCUGUUCUGGUUUCAUGGUGCAACGCUAUUUAUGUGUUAUAACUGUUUAUGGGGUCUGCAUGAUGCCAAAAUGUUUAUUAAAUGAUUCAUGUUUUCUAUAUGAAGAAAUAACCUAAUAAAAUUACCCCACAUAUGCAAAUAAUAUUUAUCACCGUUUAUAUUAUUAUAUUAAGCACCAGCUGACUGGUGAUUUGAACACAUGCCACAGUGAUAUCAAGGCACAUUAAAAAUACAAACUGUAUCCUGGAGCAGAAUGGCUUGAAGAAGAAAUGAUAAAAGCUGAACAAAGGAAAAUAACAAAUUAAAACAGAGCUGAGUUGAUUGAUUAAAGGCAUAAAAAACACACACAAUCUGAGAGAUGGUCCCAGGGAAAAGGGUGAUAAAAACGACAUAAAAGUCUGUGUAACACUGAAUUGAGUUGGGAUAGAUCUUUGUUUAAAACAUUCUUAUCUUAAGAUCAAUAAACACUGACGCCAUAAAUGUGUUUAAUAUAUCCUUUAUUUUUAUUAAACAAAAUUUCAGUAAAAACUCUUUAGGUACAAAGAUGAAUUUUCCCGUCAGUAGUUUGCUCCUGCUGUAGACUCAUGGUUUGUCUAAUGAAUGCUUUACACACCUCACCUAAACUCAACUGCAUCUUUUUUUUU